AUGAAAGAAAUGAAAGAAAGGGGGGGAAAGGUAGAAAUUUUAUUCAAAGCCACCGGCUUUAGAAUUUGUAAAGCAAGGAAAAGGGUGAAAACGACGAGUACAAGAUUUUCUGGGUUAUUGGUGUCAGCAAUGGUGUUUUUAACUCGAUUCCUUUCUGUAACAGAGGGCAGCGAUAUUGGCAUUUGCUAUGGUUUGAACGGCGACAAUCUUCCAUCUGCGGCGGAUGUAAUUAAUCUUUACAAAUCAUGUCAAGUGCAGAACAUCAGGUUGUAUCAGCCUUACCCUGAAGUGCUCGAAGCAUUAAGGGGGUCGGGGUUUUUCGUCGCCAUGGGAUCGAGAAAUGAGGACAUACCGAACUUCGCUGCUGAUCAAAGUGCAGCCAAUGACUGGGUUAACACGAACAUUGUCCCUUACAAGGAUGAUGUUGAUUUCAAAUGGAUCACCAUCGGCAACGAAGUCAUUCCGGGACCACUGAGCUCUUCUGUUCCUGGUGCCAUGAACAACAUCAUAAAUGUUAUUGCCUCGGUCGGGCUAGAAAUUAUGGUCACGACCGUGAUAUCGGGGACUGCAUUAGGUGCCCCGUAUCCCCCUUCUACAGGCGCUUUCACAAGCGAUCUGUCUCGUCUCAUUUACAUCCCUAGUACCAUUCUGGCUCAACAUGAUGCACCCGUCAUGAUCAACGUGUACCCUUACUUCGCCUACGCUUCAGACCCCACUCAUAUUUCAGCCGAAUUUGCUUUGUUCACGUCAACCACACCGGUGGUGAUCGAUGCAGGCUUAGACUACUACAACCUCUUCGACGCGAUGGUCAAUGCUCACAAUUCUGCUCUUGAAAAUAUCAACUUCGGCAGUGUAAGUAUCGCCAUAGCCGAAACUGGAUGGCCUACAGUUGGCAAUGAUCAUUACACGAGUAUCGCAAAUGACCAAACUAAUAACAGGAACUUGUUGAAUCAUGUGAUGCAAAGCGGGACUUCGAAAAGGCCUGGAUAUAUAAUGCCGGUAUUUUUCUUAGAGAUGUUCAACGAAGACUUGAAGCAAAGUCAAGUUGAGCAGAAUUUCGGAUUCUACUACCCCAUUAUGAAUCCUGUUUAUCCAUUUUGGUGAUUCUGAAACGAUGCUGUCGGCC